CCGCAACAGCUUGCAAGUUGUUAUCGAGUCUUACCUGUUCUGGUGGAUAAGUCGAAAGUAUAGGUUGAAGACAAAGGGUAGGCGUUGGCUGACAGACAUGCGCAAUUGCGUAAUUGGAAACGGAAAAAACUGGACGCAUCCUUACCCAUCAGCCCGCCACAGCUUGCAAGUUGAUGUCGUUGAGUCUAACCUGUCCUGGUGGAUAAGUCGAAAGUAUAGGUUUUUGCAGUCAAUCAUGUCAGACUUCCUUAGCACAUACAAAGAUAGAAUUGUGAAAAUGACCGAGGAUUUCUUGAGAAACGUCGAAGAAUUGACCAACGAAGCUACUAGACGGUUGAGUACACUUAGCAACAUUUCUGAAGUCGCAGCAAGCAUCGAGAAAGAAAAAGGCGAAGUUAAAGAGACAUCUAGAGUCAACCAGUGCAAAGCACUCAUAAAGAACUUUUUCACCGCUCUUCUUUUUGGGCCUUACCCGGAGCUAUUAACUGAACUCGCAGACAGUUUCAGCAUGGUUAAAGAAAUGGAAAACAAACAGAAAGAGGAUAAAUCAUUUCAACUUCCCGAGGUCAUGCAGGGAAGGGUCGAUUCUUUUAAGCACUACCUGGAAAAAGCCAAAGGAGAGUUGGAGGUGAUUGAUAAAGUGCUCGAUGAACUGAUAGAAAAGGUAUAUGAGGCAAAAGUAAAACACUUUGAAAUCUCAGAUGAGGAGAUUGUUCAUUUGGAAGUUAAUACAGCUAAAAUGAAUCGUGCAUUAAAGGCAUGUAAAAACUAUCUGGGCGAGGCCAAGAACGAAAUCAACAAUCUGGAGUCGGACAUAGCUUCAGAAAUGGAAAGCUAUCGGAUGAAAGUUGCAGCCAUAUCUUCUGGAAUUGGGGCGACGCUGCUGAUUGGUGGAGCCUACUUCGCCCGAGCGGACACCCUAAAGGAAAUUGCCGAUAAACUUGGAUUUCUUAGAGGUGGGUUGCUAGUAGGUGGCAUGGCACAAGCAGUGAAGUGCCUUUGCCUUAGCUACACACUUAUUAUAGAAAGCCACAGAAAAUUGUUCACCCCUCGUCUUGAAUCUCUGAAAAGUGACUUGAGGAAAGUAGAAGCUGAUUACAAAAUAGUGAAAGAAACGUUUGAGGAAGAAGUAACUGGAAAUAUGGAGGCGAAGCAUUAGAGGAUCAUGUGAUAUUAACGUACUAAUAAAAGCAAAAAAGAUCUUAAGCACAAGGCUGCUCAGUAGAGAAACUAUAGAAAUUAGUUUUUAUAAGAUGAAAAUGAAGUCUCCAUCUCUGGUAUUGGAUCUCCUAAGAAGGCCAUUUAUAGGUCUCUUUUUUGCAAACCAAUUGCCAACCACGUCGAGCCAACCUUAAUACGCAUGUACUUUACGUUGGCUCGCUUUCAGAGAGUGAUGCGCAGGCUAGGGUUUAAAUUGCUCGCACCGAUAACAAAUCGUCAAGUAAUAGUAAUAGUAAUAGUGAGCAGUUCAUAAUUUUAGAGAUUUCAUUGAUGAUAUGCAUGUAAAACACUCCCGUUUCAGUGGGUUGAGGGCCUUACAUGCUCAUUAAAUUGGCUUUGAUGGCAUUUAAAACCCCUGACUUUGGUCGCGUAGUGGAAUGUUCUUCAUUGGUGCGAACAAUUUUACCUUUAGAGUGCGCGUCUUUGCUUUGGGCAAAGUCGGGACAAUAAUGACAAGCAAAUGAUGGACGCCAAAACGAAACCGAAAAUAGUUUUCGUAGACGAAGAUAGGUCUAUCGGGUAACUGUGCAAUGGUGAAAAGGAAGGUUCGGUUGUCACAAGAUAUUGACACUUUCGUGACUUAACUCCAGUAGUCGACGCAAUGUUCUUCUCACGGCAUUUUGUUCUCUAGAUCUAAUAACAGCCCGGCUAUACUAGACAAUCCGAAAGCACACCGGCGUCGCAUCGAUACAAGAUGGAGAUUUCAUUCAAAUCCUGUUAAUACCGUCAGUGAUGGUGAAGGAUAGGAUACAUAUCUCUUUUAGAUAAAUUUCAUAUAGCUGAUACCAUUGCUUUGUAAUAGAUUCCUAUUCGGCUCCAAGCUUAAUAAGACUAGUAUGUUUUGAACCGAUGUCAGUAUAAUUCGUGUUAUUACAUCUCUCAAUUACUACGCGCGCUGUGAUUGGUUAAUUUAGCCGGCCGUACUUUACUGUACGGCCCG